UGCGCUGGUGUGUUGUGCAAAAAUGGAAAGGAAGAUGGAGGAGAACAUGAGAGACGUCGACGCUGGCAGUGAAGCAGGAGGAGAGGACGCCUUGGUGGGCAAUGUGAACAAGCUGAUGGUGACUCCACCAGGAUACACAGGAGUUCCACGGAAAGGCCACCUUGUCUUUGAUGCUUGCUUCGAGAGUGGUAACCUUGGACGUGUUGAUUACAUCAGUGAAUUUGAGUUUGAUCUGUUCAUCAGACCUGACACCUGUAACCCUCGCUUCAGAGUUUGGUUCAACUUCACAGUGGAGAACGUGCGGGAGACACAGAGGGUGAUUUUCAACAUUGUCAACUUUAGCAAGACCAAGAGCCUGUAUAGAGAUGGCAUGUCUCCAGUGGUGAAGUCCACCAGCCGGCCUAAAUGGCAAAGACUCCCGACUAAGAAUGUGUACUAUUACCGUUGCCCUGACCAUCGGAGAAACUACGUGAUGUCCUUCGCCUUCUGCUUUGACCGAGAGGAUGAUGUGUACCAGUUUGCUUACUGCUACCCCUACACCUACACCAGACUGCAGCACUACUUGGACAGCUUGGAGCGCAGGAACCUGGACUACCUGCAGAGGGAGCAGCUGGGGCUCAGUGUGCAACAGCGACGUCUUGACCUCCUAACCAUCACCAGCCCUGCUCAACAGAAUCCAGAGAAGGUGAAGAAGCUAGUUGUCCUCACAGCCCGUGUACACCCUGGGGAGUCGCCUGCAUCCUUCAUCUGCCAAGGAGUGAUUGACUUCCUAGUCAGCCAGCACCCUGUGGCCCAAACCUUGCGUGACCAUGUGAUCUUUAAGAUUGUACCCAUGCUCAACCCUGACGGCGUCUACUUAGGCAACUACAGGUGUUCUCUGAUGGGCUUUGACCUUAACCGUCACUGGCAGGAGCCGUCCCCCUGGGCCCACCCCACCCUCCACGCCGUCAAGCAGCUCAUCGUCCAGCUCAGUCAAGACCCAGUGGGGCUGGAGUUCUACAUUGAUGUUCAUGCCCACUCCACCAUGAUGAAUGGCUUCAUGUACGGGAACGUGUUUGAGGAGGAGGAGAGAGUCCAGAGACAAGCCGUGUUCCCUCGCCUGCUCUGCCACAAUGCCCCAGACUUCUCCUUUUCCAACACGUCAUUUAACCGUGACGUGGUGAAGGCUGGCACCGGGAGGCGCUUCCUGGGUGGCCUGCUGGACGACACGUCCUACUGCUACACCCUGGAGGUGUCCUUCUACAGCUACAUGGCAGCGGGGAGCACGUCGCCCGUUCCCUACACCGAGGACACCUACAUGAAGCUGGGAAGAAAUGUUGCCCGCACCUUCCUCGACUACUACAGGCACAACAACUUCAUUGAUGACACCAAACUACAAAUCCCAAAUCACAUCAACAGUAUGGAGGUAUUGUCCCAGGGUCGACAGGGGAAUGGAAAUGGGAACGGGAGGACUUCUGGGAGUGAGAGAGGAGCAGAGAGGAAGAACCAGAGUAUCACAGGAGAGUACUAGACACCUGGCAAUAACAUACUGGAGAGACCAGUCCCGUCUGACCACUGUAUAGGGCUCCUGACUCACAGCCCUACACUAUAUCCACACAGCCCUCAUGAAAAUUAGAUGCAUCAACCCAAGACAAAGGAUGCAAUUUCACAAACGGAUCACUUUUGGAUAGCAUGUUAAUUGGAGGAUAUUUACCCAUGGAACUUCAUUAGAGCAAGUUGCUCUGACUGUAUGAAGUGUAUGGGACGAAUCUAGCUGACACAUAUACAUCUCAUGUUCCAUUUGAGGCCUUCAUACAUCAUUCAUAUAUUUUACCACAAUGUGCUUUUUCCAUUUUAGGUAUUGCUUUUUAUGAAAAUGUAUUCACGCAUGUCAUUGAAAAUAAGUGCAUGUGUUUUCUCUUGUAUGUAACUUAUUUUGUGUUUAUCUUGCCGCUCUGUAUCUUACAUUAUUUGGAGGGGUUUAAUGGGAGGGGUAACCCAUUUUUGUUUAGUUAUGACCUUAUUGGUAUCUAAGUAUUCUGUUGAUAAAAAACAUUGAAAUAUAACACACAUUUGUAAGUUUUUGAAAUUGAUGUUCAGUCAUUGUCAGUGCAUUAGUUUACACAGGUGUUUGCGAUUUAAAGGAAACAGACUUAGGGUCAAUUUGAUUUCAACUGAAGUCAUUUCAUGGAUUAGAAUAUAGAAGAAAAUUCAUGAAUUUGAAAUCCCUAUAGAAAAUUAUGGGUAUCUAUCAAGUAUGAACUUGCCCUGAAUUGACUGAUAUCCAUUCAUUUCCAUAUCUUACUGCAAUGUAAACAUCUAUUCAACCUAUCUGUUCAGAGCACAGAGUGCUUUUCACUGCAUUAUGUAAAACACCCUCCAUGGGAUUUGCUCAACACAAAGGCAUAAGUAGGAGAGCGAGAGAGAAUGGUACAUUAGUCAAGUGUGGCGUGAAGAACAACAUGUAAUUUUCAGACCAGUCAUUUGGAAUAAGUGAGGCAAUCUGUCAGCAUAAAAGCAUACACAAAGGACUUUUACAUGGUUGACGAGAAGAUGGAGAGGCUGUACGAGAAUGACGAAAGACAUUUGUCUUUUGAUGCUUUCACUGAACAUGUGUCAGACCUGGACCUGUCCAACACUAAAGUGUAUGUUAGCGCAUCUCUCUCUCUCUCUCUCGCACACGCACACACACACACACACACACACACACACACACAAACUGCAUGCGCACAUACACACACACAGGAAAAUGCUUCCUUCUAUUCAAAGUGCAUGGUCCCCACUGUGCUGCUAUCAUUUGAAGCUUUAUCUAGAGCCAUUAUUCUCUAUUGCUUUCUCAAUGAGACUGGGCACAUUACUUUCUAAUUAAUUGUACACAGCUAUGCAUGCGAGAAGGCGAGAAUUGUUAAUACAUUUUCUCUUCAAUAGUCAAGAAAAUUAUAUUUCUAAUUAGCCUUCCUUACAUUUGUUAUGCAUUAUUUAGCCUCUUACCAAAUCCGAGAGGCUCUUGUUUAUCUAAGAGGAUGGUUAAUUGCAGCUGCAGGUAGCCUAAUGGUUAAGAGCAGUGGGCCAGUAUCUGAAAGGUCGCUGGCUCGAAUCCCCGAGACAACUAGGUGAAUAUCUGUCAAUGUGCCCUUGAGUAAGGCACUUAACACAAGUUACUCUGGAUGAGAGCAUCUGCUAAAUUACUGAAAUGUAAAAGCACUGCAAACAAGUCUGUUUAGAGCCCUGCUGUGGUCAGCAUCACCCUGUAUAUAACAAAGCCAAUAGAGGUUGGUGUGUAUAACUACUCAUCAAAGGAUGAUCAUGAAUGCAAGACUAAUGUGGGGUCCAAGACUGGAAGUUUGUUUUUCUAAGCAUUACUCAAAUAAAAUAAAUGCGUGGCAUGAUCUAAAGUCCACUUAUUUGAUCGCUCUGCAGCUCUCAUCAUUUAUCAGGCCAUUGUAACUAUUUAUUCUCAAUCUGCCCAAUAAAUGGUUUUGGACUUUU